GCAACUCUUUUUAAAUGUGAGUCUGAGCAGAAACACCAUUGCCGAGAGAGUAGACCAGUUGUCCAUCAAUCUAAAAGAGCAGCUUGUGAAAAAGGGAAAAGAUUUUAUUGCAUAUUCCUUGGCUGUGGAUGAGAGCACCGACAUUUCUGACAUUGCCCAGUUGUCAAUUUUCAUCCGCGGAGUGGACUCCAACCUAAGCGUGACAGAGGAGUUUUUGGCUUUACGUCCUAUGCAUGGCACAACUACGGGGCAUGAUUUGUAUGAAGAGGUGUCAAGAUGUGUAAAUGAGAUGGAGCUGCCUUGGGAAAAACUCGUGGGUUUGACAACCGACGGAGCACCUGCGAUGUGUGGACACAGGAGCGGACUGGUGGCGAAGAUACGGGAAAAGAUGCAAGAGGAAAACGCGACAGGUGAGCUGACAGCUUAUCAUUGUAUCAUACACCAGGAAGCGUUGUGCGGUAAAGCCUUGAAAAUGGAGCAUGUAAUGAGCAUCAUCACGCGCACAGUUAACUUUAUCAGAGCCAAAGGUUUGAAUCACCGCCAGUUCAAGGCAUUUCUGACGGAGUUAGAAACGGAGCAUGGUGAUUUGCCUUAUCACACAGAGGUGCGAUGGCUAAGCCAGGGAAAGGUGCUUCAAAGAUGUUUCGAGCUUCGUGAGGAGAUUUGUCUGUUCUUGGACAGCAAAGGGAAAGACACAACACAACUCCGAGACGAAAUGUUUCUGUGUGAAAUGGCUUUUCUGUGUGACAUUACGAGUCAUCUGAAUGCAAUAAACUUGCAGCUGCAGGGUCGGGAUCGUGUCAUCUCUGAUAUGUACAGUACAGUGAAGGCAUUUAAAACCAAACUGACUCUGUGGGAGACGCAGAUGCGGAAAGAAAAUUUGAGCCACUUUCCCAGCUGCCAGACCAUGAAAGAGAAGCUCUCUACCAGUGCGUUCCCGAGCACACAGUUGGCUGAUAAAAUAGGUAUGCUUGCCGCUGACUUUCGACGCCGAUUUGCUGACUUUGAAGCACAAAAAAGCAGGUUGGAACUGCUCGGUAACCCAUUUGCUGUUGACGUGGAAAGCUCACCACCAAACCUCCAAAUGGAGUUGAUUGACCUCCAAUGCAAUGAUGCACUGAGGGCAAAAUAUGCGGCAGUGGGUGCUGCGGAGUUCGCCCGUUUCCUCCCGGCACAAUGCCCCAGCUGCGCAUCCAGGCUGCUCAAACGUUGUCUAUGUUUGGCAGCACAUACCUGUGUGAACAACUGUUUUCUUUGAUGAACCUGAACAAAACAUCACACAGAAGUCGACUUACUGCUGAACACCUCCACUCAAUUCUGAGGAUUUCUUCAGCUCAGAGCCUUACCCCGAACAUUGAUGAACUUGUGGAAAAGAUGGGACACCACCAAGUAUCACCCUCAACCUCAAACAAGUGAACAUUACUGUGCAAUCACAUAUUUAGAGUUUUUACUCAGUUCAAGUUUAAAAGUUAAAAUUUAAUAUUUGUUUUCACUGCAUGUUACUUCUCCUUAAACAAAGUGUUGUUUUUGAUUAAUAGAUUUUUGCACUUUAUUUUUUUGUAUUUCAAUCCAAUUAUAUUUUAAAAAUAUUUCAGUUGAGUGGAUGAUAGAAAAUUGCUAUUAUUGUUUUUUCUUUGAAGUAAAUUUAGCCCACUUUUGCUAAAAUAGAAAAUAUAGUCUACUGAUGGUGCCUUGAAUACCGGUUUCUUUCAUUUAAUGUUCAUGUUAUGGGGAUAUUUAUAUAAAGGAAAUUUGUCUUUUGUGUCUGUUGAAAAUUAAAGAUUACUGACAGAGCCAUAAGAAAAUAUUGCUUUAUUUAUCUGAUCAUAUUGUAAUAUAUUUGUUAGGUUUUCAGUAGGUUCAAUUAGGUUCACUAGACUAUAUGCGUCAUUUAAAAAAUUUUCAAUGAACAUUCGAACAGUCCGGCCCUCGUCUUGUAGCUGAUUUUUUUAUUUGGCCCUCCGUCCAUUUGACUUUGACACCCCUGGUGUGGAGGCAUUGGCUUGAGGGGGCUAAACACCCUUUUCUCAUUUGGACUGACCACCGCAAUCUGGAGUACAUCCGGCAGGCGAAGAGAUUGAAUCCUCGCCAGGCAAGGUGGGCCAUGUUUUUCACUCGUUUUGUGUUUACUCUUUCUUACAGACCAGGCUCCCAGAACGUUAAGGCAGACGCAUUGUCUCGGCUGUAUGACGCAGAGGAGCGGUCCAUGGAUCCCACUCCCAUACUCCCAGCUUCGUGUCUGGUGGCGCCAGUAGUGUGGGAGCUGGACGCGGACAUUGAGCGGGCGUCACGUGCAGAGCCCUCUCCCCCCGAGUGUCCAGCUGGUCGUCUGUACGUUCCGUCUGCUGUCCGCGACCGAUUGAUAUAUUGGGCUCACACGUCACCCUCCUCUGGUCAUCCUAGGAUAGGUCGGACGAUGCGGUGUCUUGAAGGAAAGUACUGGUGGCCCACUUUAGCUAAGGAUGUGAGGAUUUAUGUUUCUUCCUGUUCGGUGUGCGCCCAGUGCAAGGCUCCUAGACACCUGCCCAGAGGUAAGCUGCAACCUCUACCCGUUCCUCAACGGCCAUGGUCGCACCUGUCGGUGGAUUUUUUGACUGAUCUUCCACCUUCACAGGGUUACACCACGAUCCUGGUCGUUGUGGAUCGGUUUUCAAAGUCCUGUCGUCUCCUCCCUUUGCCCGGUCUCCCUACGGCCUUACAAACUGCAGAGGCCCUGUUUACACACGUUUUCCGGCACUAUGGGGUGCCUGAGGAUAUAGUGUCUGAUCGGGGUCCCCAGUUCACAUCAAGGGUCUGGAAGGCGUUUAUGGAGCGUCUGGGGAUCUCGGUUAGUCUUACCUCAGGUUUUCACCCCGAGAGUAAUGGGCAGGUGGAGAGAGUUAACCAGGAUGUGGGUAGGUUUCUGCGGUCUUAUUGCCAGGAUCGGCCGGGGGAGUGGGCGAAGUUCGUGCCCUGGGCAGAGAUGGCUCAGAACUCGCUACGUCACUCCUCCACUAACCUUACUCCCUUUCAAUGUGUAUUAGGGUAUCAGCCGGUUCUGGCUCCUUGGUAUCAGAGCCAGACCGAGGCCCCUGCGGUGGACAAUUGGUUUCGGCACGCUGCGGAAACCUGGGAGGCAGCCCACUAUGCGUGACAUUCUGUGUCCUGUGCAUGUGACAAAUUUACUUGUAUUUGAUAUCAAAUCAAAUUUUAUUUGUCACAUACACAUGGCUGGUGUGUUUACCAGAGAUGGUAAUGUGAACAACAUAACCUGCACCAAAGUCAGAUUAGGAUAUAGGCCAAGGACUCCCUUAUUGUAGACUACUACGGUUACCAUAUUUAGCCUUGAAAACUUUGGUUGUUUACUACACUACUCACUCUGUUUAGCACAUGGCCUCACAUGUGAAUCUUUAAAGAGAUGGGUGGGGCUAAAGCUUAAGAGGGUGUGAACGAUGCUGAAUGGGUGUAGACAAAGAAGAGCUCUCCAGUUGGCAUACCAAAACAUUCAAGGGGCAUUUUCUCCAAAGUGGGGUUACAAGUUUAUGAACAUUCAAAGCAGAAUUAGUUUCCAUUUUCCCUCAACUGUAGUGUAUGAUAUACCAUUUGUAGCUCUGAGUGUCUACUUUUAUCCAAUGUAAAAAAAACAAUUUCAAAUUUUGCUACAUUGGACUGAAUCCAGGUGGUGGGUCACAAAUGUGAACAUGAUGAAUAGCUAACGCUGUGCCCUAGGAACUAGUUUAUGACACACUGACUUAAAAGGGUAGUGUGUGAAAAAGGCCUUCUAAACGUCAGGACGGUGAUGUCAGAGAGUUGACAUGUUUCUUUCCUGUCGGAAAACACUCUUUCUCUUGCAGGCCAUAGAAUAAGGAGUUGAGGUUCAUAUAAGCCCUCUGUGGUAGAACCCUGUAUGACGUGGAAUCAGUAGAGCUCUCCAAACCCACACUUCCCACAGCCAGCUCCUACUCCAUUCAGAUGGGAUCAUUCCUAGCAGUGUCCACCAGGGUCACCCCCUCCCCCAGUCACCAUGACAAUACAGGAGGAGAAGGAACGUGCAUACAGCAGCAUCAUCAUCACACUCCUGUGCUGCAGCUUAAAUCCAAUCAGAUUCACAGUCAGUGAUGGGAGAUACUUAAGGAAUGGAAGGAACCUCACGAAUCAUAUAUAAGCAAUGUUAUGAAAUAAAUUCAAGGUAUAGUCCUGACAGACUAAA